CUAAUACUAAUUAACAAAAAAUGUUUGGAGCAUUACUCUUCGGUCACGAAAACCUAAGGAUGACUUUGUUUUUCUAUUUUCUAGAAUUGCCAUAAAACUAAUAUAUUCUCAAAAUUAUUACCUACUUUUCUCCGAUAAGACAUGGCGGUGAUAGAGGAAGAAUCCGCCGGUGAAAGCGGCUCCAGAUCACGGCCAAUCCCGGAGGCGGCUGCGCCGUCGGGGCACUGUUCCGAUGGAUAUGAGACUGCCAGUGAUUCCGAGCUAAAUGACUCUAUUUCCGAUAAAGACGAUGGCCCGGGCAAUCGUAAUGAUUUAAGCAGUGGUAAAAAUGGAGACGAUGAGGUCAGUCGUGAAGUCCACGAAGGAGAAGGGAAGACUGAAACCACCGUGACUGAAACGAAUGAGAAAGGGUUAGCCAAAGCCAAUGAUGCAAAACUUGAGGGGAAUUCAUUGUUUAACGCUGGGGAGUAUGAAGAGGCAUUGUCCAAGUAUGAAAUAGCUCUACAAGUCGCACCAGAUGGUCCGUCAUCUAGUGAAAUACGAUCUAUAUGUCAUGCAAACAGAGCUGCUUGUUUCUCUAAACUUGGGAAACAUGAGGAGACGGUCAAAGAGUGUACCAAGGCUUUGGAGCUGAAUCCAACAUACAUGAAGGCUCUAUUAAGAAGAGGAGAGGCUCGCGAAAAGCUUGAGCAGUACGAGGAGUCAAUUGCUGACAUGACUAAGAUCUUAGAAUUGGAUCCCUCAAAUGACCAAGCAAGGAGAAGUAUCAUUCGUUUGAAGCCAUUAGCUGAUGAAAAGAGAGAGAAAAUGAAAGAAGAGAUGAUUGGCAAAUUGAAAGAAAUGGGGAAUUCCAUUCUGGGCCGUUUUGGAAUGAGCGUUGACAACUUCAAAGCCGUCAAAGAUCCAAAUACUGGUUCAUAUUCCGUUUCAUUUCAACGUUAAGCAUGCUUUUCUAUAUUUAUUUGGGAUUUAUAUUUUCUUAAAGGGGAAUGUAAUGACAAAUACAACGAUGCGCGUUGGUAAGUAUUGCACGUUUUGUGGAUAUUUUCAUUCUAAAGCUUCUCAUUUUUAUUCUACUGUAACAAGCUCCAUGCUUUUGUUGCACAAAUUUUCUUGUUGGAACCUUUUGGAGCUUUCCAUUGAGAAUGUGUGUUUUUCAGUUUAUACAUCAAAGUGAGAGUACUUAUAGUUAUGUAGUUUCAAAUGAAUGAUGAGUGUAAAUCUGAUCAUAUUUGUCAACUGGAGACUAUAAAGGCUGUAUCCCGGUCUGGGUGUAUAAGAGUAGUUACCUGUUCACACGGUGUUAGAUGUCUUGUAGCGAGUUAGUUAUGUCCGUUGCAAAGUUACCAAUUUUGAGAACUAUUGGUUUUAUCCACAUUCCUUAAG